CUCUCAUGCUCUUGCGAAGCUGGAGAGAAGGUGGGGGAACGAGAAUCUAGAAGGGGUGGUGGAAUCGGUGUAAGAUUGCGGAUUACUUUUUUCAACCCCUCUUUUCCAUAGGAAAGAGCUAAGAGAGGUGGAGGGGGGCUGGUGGUGGUUUUUUUUUUAAGGAAGUACUGAGCGCCCGUGGACGGAGGGGGCGGGAAAAAUCCCCCCCCCGCCAAAACUACUGGGGAAGAUCAAUGAGAGAAGACUCAGAGGAUCCCCUGCUGACUUGAGAAAGAAGAGAGAGGCACACACAGAUUACAGAGGAACUUUAAAAGGAGGGGGAAAAAUAAGCCCAACCAGAAGGCACUCCAGAAAGAACCAUGAGCAGUGCAGCAUUGCUGACUCACCUUCCAGACCCCAGUAGUAGCUUCAGAGAAGAUGCCCCACGCCCCCCUGUACCAGGGGAAGAAGGAGAGACACCAUGCCACCUGGCUGCCCAUUUGUUUGUUGUGAAAAACCAAAGCUUCAAGGCCAUGUCAGUUUCUUCUACACCACGGAGGAAUGAGGAUGGUCUUGGGGAACCAGAAGGCAGUGCAUCUCCAGACUCCCCUCUCGCACGAUGGACCAAAUCUUUGCAUUCCUUGCUGGGAGAUCAAGAUGGUGCCUAUCUCUUCAGGACCUUCCUGGAAAGAGAGAAAUGUGUGGAUACUUUAGACUUCUGGUUUGCCUGCAAUGGCUUCAGACAGAUGGACCUUAAGGAUACCAAAACUUUGAGAGUCGCCAAAGCUAUCUACAAAAGGUACAUUGAGAACAACAGCAUUGUCUCCAAACAACUCAAGCCCGCCACAAAGACCUACAUAAGGGAUAGUAUCAAGAAACAGCACAUCGAUUCUAUAAUGUUUGAUCAGGCACAGACUGAGAUUCAGACGGUGAUGGAGGAAAAUGCUUACCAGAUGUUUUUAACUUCUGAUAUAUACCUCGAAUAUGUAAGGAGUGGAGGAGAAAAUCCUGCUUACAUUAACAGCAAUGGACUGGGCACCUUAAAAGUAGACUGUGGCUAUCUCCCUACCUUGAAUGAAGAAGAGGAAUGGAGUUGUGCUGAUUUUAAAAACAAACUUCUGCCAUCUGUACUUGGGUUGUCCAGCAAAACUUUGAGGGCUACAGCAAGUGUCCGGGCUACAGAAACUGUGGAGAAUGGGUUCAGGUCAUUCAAGAGAAAUGAUCCUGUUAAUCCUUACCACGUGAACUCCGGCUAUGUCUUUGCUCCUGCCACGAGUGCAAAUGAUAGCGAAAUAUCUAGUGAUGCCCUGACUGAUGACUCCAUGUCAAUGACAGACAGUAGCGUGGAUGGGAUCCCGCCUUAUAGGCUUGGGAGCAAGAAGCAGCUGCAGAGGGAAAUGCAUCGUAGUGUCAAAGCCAAUGGUCAAGUUUCUCUACCUCACUUUCCAAGAACCCACCGUCUUCCUAAGGAAAUGACCCCUGUGGAACCCGCAACGUUUGCCGCCGAGCUUAUCUCGCGCUUGGAAAAGCUCAAGCGAGAGCAAGAGACCAUGGAUUGCCUGGAAGAGCGGCUACAGCAAAUCACAGAGGAUGAAGAGAAGGAGGGAUCUGAUGUACCAGCCGGUGCACAGACCAGCCGGGAAGCUGCCGCUCUGCCGCAUCAGCCACAUCCCCUCACUCUCUUGUCCUCCGGCAGCUGUGAGGACGAUCCUCAGGCCAUCCUCGACGACCACCUCUCCCGAGUGCUGAAGACUCCCGGGUGCCAGUCUCCUGGCAUGGGGCGACACAGUCCUCGCGCACGCUCACCAGACCGCCUCCCGGGGGGCAAGUUGCUGUUGGCCUCCGGCGCAACCUCCAUUCCCACGGGCUGCGCCCUUAUUGGCAAAGGAUUUGUCACCAAGCAGACCACCAAGCACGUACACCAUCACUAUAUCCACCACCACACCAUUCCCAAGACGAAAGAGCAGAUAGAAGCCGAGGCAGCCCAGCGAGCCCAGUGCCUGUGUGUUAGCGGUGGUGACUACUACGGCUACUCUAAGUGCAAGGGGCACUCCAAGGGUGCAGAUCUUCCUGUGGCUCAGCUGGAGCCUUUUGGCCUCAGCAGAACUGGGUCACUCCCGAAAAGGAACUGUAAGCUCCCAGAUGGCCUCGUCCUGCCAGGUGGAGAAGGAGGAGGGCUCUCCAUACCACCGUGCGUCCAGCUACCUGGAGGGGAGGCGGACCGCUCUCAGAACGUCUGGCAGUGGAUGCUGGAGAGCGAAAGACAAUCCAAACACAAGCCCCACAGCACACAAAGCACAAAGAAAGCCUGCAGUUCGGAGCCCACUAGAAGUGGCACGCCUGGGGAACGUCCUGCCCGCCACCACCUGUGGGGAAACAACCACCACCCCCGUGGCGCACAGCCCGCCCAUCCCUUUGUCCAGGAUCCUGCCAUGCCCCCGCUGACACCCCCCAACACUCUGGCCCAGCUAGAGGAAGCUUGCCGCAGGCUAGCAGAAGUAUCCAAGCCACAGAAACAACGAUGUUCAGCUUCAAAUCAGCUGAGGGAUCGGAACCACUUGACCUCGGUGCCAGGAGGAAAUGGUCCCUUUUGCAGCACAGGUGCAGCAACAGAAGAUCACAAAGAACCAAAGAAAUUUCCUGUUGCUCAUUCAUCCCAGCCCAGUGAGUUGGUCGUCACUUAUUUUUUCUGUGGAGAAGAAAUUCCAUACAGGAGGAUGUUAAAGGCCCAGAGCCUGACACUCGGGCACUUUAAAGAACAGCUGAGUAAAAAGGGAAAUUAUAGGUAUUACUUCAAAAAGGCAAGUGACGAGUUUGACUGCGGCGCUGUUUUUGAAGAAAUCUGGGAUGACGAUGCCAUUCUGCCAAUGUACGAAGGAAGGAUCCUUGGCAAAGUGGAGAGGAUUGAUUGACUGGCUGGCUGGCAUUGUCUGUUUGAGUGUGUUUAAGGAGACAUAAGCUAAAGACGCCGGCCUUUGGACGCAAGCACCAAACGAAGCUUUUGAAGGAAGGUUUGAACCAAUGAAGAAAAAGCAUCAAAAAUAGAGGUCUAUGAAGACUUUGCCAAAUCAGCCUUAGUAAAAAAAUAAUAAUAAUAAUAAAUAAUACUUAAACGUCUGUUGAACUGGGUACUAAGAUGUUAACAGCCCUGAACUAUUUAUUAAGAUCAAGACCACUCUGGGUUAUUGAAGAUGCAGACUGUGUUUUGAAAGACUUCCAUAUAUAAUAUAUGGCUUCCUGGGGAUCCCACAUCUAUGGACUGAGAGAAACUAUGUAUAGCUUAACCUUACAGUAAUCCUUAUUGAUAUUUAUUGAACAGUCUGAGUUUCUCUCCCCCCCCUUAAGUCCAGUUUAUGGACAUGCUGCUUUAAACCAUGGAGAAAAGAGGGGUUAUGAUGUAGAAAACAAAAGGUAUUGUUAUAUUUUAUUUUUACAUGGAUUCUUCUGUUUAAAUAAUUUUUUAAAAGUGCAUUUGUUUCUGCCACCUUAGGAAGCAAACUGGAAUUAUUUUGCAUCCAACAUUUCUCCAGUUGUUUUAUAUCUUGUGGUGCAGGAGAAAGAGAGAGAAUGACUUUUGCCCUGGAAAUUUACUUUUCUAGAGAAAAGGAGUAUGUUUUAGUCAGUGCUGCUGUGGUUCUAAGUCCUGGUGCAGAUAUAAUAAAUAGUUUCAGCUGCCUAAGAAUGGUUGAGCAACCAGAAUCCAACAGACUUUUAUACCCUUGUCCUGGCCACUUCCUACCUUUCCCUGUUUGGAUGUAACCAUGGUGUUAAUGCCCUACACCACUGAUCUGCACCAAUGUUACCCAUAACAUUGCUUGCCAUUCCUGCUUCUGACCAUGAUUGCAAAUUCUGGUUUGAACCUCACCAUACUUCGUAUUGUCAGUGGUGCAGAGAUAAUUCAGCACCUUGGUUAGCUUCAAAAAUGAUUGGGCAAGGGGAAACUUGUGUGCAAGCAUGGAGGAAGAAAAAACUCAGAGGUGCUGCUAAUUCUCUCAGGAGGCUGGGAACACUAAAUCUGCACCAGACUAACAGUGUUCUCCUGGGAUUAUAGCUACAAACCAUGCCCGCAGUGUAAGAGGAGAAGCGAGAUCCGAAACAAACUAAUUCACAUUCAAAUUAACGUAAAUAUAGCUAGAUUUGGGUAUUUUUAAUUGUAUGUUUUUCACCAAAAUCCACUCUACGGCUACUACUAUUUUAAAAUGUCACUCUUCUAGUAAUAAGUCACUUUUCUGUAUUGCAACCAUAGUCAUAGGCCCAACUGCUUCAAGACAUGGUGCCUCAUCUCAUCUUAAAUGUAAUUGCCAUGAGAGUAAAUGAAUACUAGGGCUUGCUGCCCUUAUAAAACUCUGAAUCACUUGCUCUAUUUUUUUUGGAGGGGGGGUACAUGGAAAUUCUGGCUUUCUUCAAAAAUUUUGGGAGGACUAGCCAGAGAGUAUCAUGUUUCUUA